AUGGUACAUAAAGUAUAUAUCCCCCGAGUUUCGUCCGUUCAUCGAUUUGCAUGUCAAGCGCUUUAUCGCGCUCUCCUCCGACAAUGCGGUCGACUUCCCAGUCCCAGCUCAGCGCCCGAGCUUCAUAUGUGCAAGCCACUCAUUCAACAACGGUUCCAUAAAUACAAAACCUUAAAAAGUCCUUCGAAAACGGCCAAUGCUUUGAAGGCUGGGUACGAGGCUCUCGACCUACUAUACUCAGCUUCUCAGGGCGAUCAUAAGGCGACCAGUCACAUCACAAACCUCCUCUCAGAAACCGAAUCCGCGAGACAACAGCAGAUAGAAGUGCAACGAGCCCGGUCGGCAAGAAUGCCCGUGAAGCCGCCAUCCAAAAAGGAACAGAAGCGAAAGACUGCCAAGGAGCAUGAAAAACGGACUCUCACCCGGCAUCCGCAAGCCACCUCUAUCCUGUCCCGACCGCGACCUAUCGUAAAUGGAAAGCGCCGAAUUCCUGUCCUAGUCAACGCGCGCGGUAUCCCAUUCCUGCGGAUAAAAAAGCCACAGCCGAAAUUCUUAAGCGACGUUAUACGAUCGAGACUGGAGAACCGCUGGAAACGGAUCAGACGCCGUGAGAGAUUGCAUGCCGAACUAGAUAUGGCCAAGGUUGAAGACCACUGGGAUUCGUUGACCACGGGCAUAGAACGUGCGUCAUGGGGGCAUGAGAUCAAGGCUUCUUUGACGGACGUGAAUGAGAAGAUUUAUGAGACUGAUGCAAAAGCCAAAUCGCUCGCACGAGCCAUGUGGGAGGUUGUGCUUGCUGAGCGCGAGAAAGCAGCAGAAGAGCAGAAGCAUCAGUCGGCCGGAAAGUGA